AUGCAGGUAUAUGUAAUUACAGAUUUUGCCAAGGAAAGCAAAAUCAACACAGGAGGCAAAUCCUAUGAAAGUGAACCCACAACCACAACCUUCAAGAAACAACUACAAUCACCCACAGCCACAAUCCAGCACAACCGUAACACUCCACAACCAACCACAACCAUAAUAAACCCCAACCAUAACCACAACCUUCAAGAAACACAACCACAAGCAACGACAACCAUUCACCACAAGUACAACCUUCAAAAAACACACCCGCAACCAUUCACAACCACAACCCUCCACAACCGCAGCAACAACCCGCAAGUCAAAACUGGUCGGCAGGGUCAACGCAGACCAUCACCAUUCACCACAAGUCAUCACACGUCAUCACAGGUCACCACACAGUCAACCACAACUUACCACAACUCAUCGCGAAUACAGGUCAACACCAACAACCAACAAACCCACCACCAGGUCAUCACAAAUCAACUUAGAUCACCACAACUCACCAUGAAAUCAAAGGGCAAGACCCCUCCCCCCCCAGGUCAGUGCCACCUCCCCUACAAGUCCCUUAGAAGUCACCACCAACCUCACCGACAAUCACCCACGUUCCAACACCCCGUUCAGUGCCCCCACGUCGCACGAGCCCGGCACUCUCCCCUCGACGAGAGUGCCACCAUGGAUGUGCAGGCACCGGGCCUCCUCUCAUUAAUAACACAAGAGUGA